CAGCAGCAUCCUGGCGCAGUCGGUAGGAUCUUAGUUGCCGUGUGGAAGCCUCAAGACCUGCUUGGCUUGUCUAGCGGGUCCAGCAGCUUAUAGUCGCAGGCUGCUGCCUCUGUGCCGGGCACGCGCUGGCUGCUUACGCUUCUACAUGCUCUUCAUUGUCGCUCACUAGCAUUUGAGAUCUCUGGCUGGACCAGUGUUAUUCGUUUAAUACCCAAGGAUUUACACCAGACUGUUUAAUAUCUGUUCCAGACACUCAGAGCAAGCAUGCAGCUUCCACGCAGAUCAGUCAGAAGCAUUCAGGAGCUCCCCAGCAUCCAUACAGCGUUUCCGGUUCAUUACAAACCGGUCAGAACUCACAGCGCCUCGACAGCCUCCAACUCAGCAAGGUCGCCUAGUGUCGAGGAUGGGCUUGAAGUAGUCCCCUUGGAGCGCGACAGCAUACUUUCCGCGCCUAUUGUUAGUGCGUACCUGAACGAGAAAGAAGUGUUCAUCAACAAGCAAGAAAUACUAUGGAAGCCAUUGCCGAACAUUCCAACUUCGAUUUGGAGCCGAGCUUGGGGGAGGAUGUCUGUGAAGUACCGCGUGCUCGCGGUCCUGGGCCUACAGGCCCUAGUACUGCUCACGACUGGUAUCGUCUUAAUGAGUGCAAGCUCCAAGCCUAAUAAUGACGACCAUGCCGAAGUCCGCAGAACAGGAGGCAACAGCACAAACACAAGUAUUGAUGCGCCACUUGAACGCGGCACCUUCUUAGUCCCCAUUCAAUUGCCCCAGCAGCAGAGCUCGACAUGUCUGGCUCGAGCAAACGAAUCCAGAGCUUGGCAAUGCGCCUUCGACAUGGAUCUCCAGCUCAGUAUCCUGCCGUCGCUAAGAGACGACGAUACACCUAUCAUGGUCACGCUCGGCCAGCCAUCUACGUCUAAUAGGAGUGUACAUUGCAGCCAACAAGCCCCGGAGAUUGGACCAACAGCGUUGACGACGCUUGCGAGUUCGGACCACGGUCUACAGUAUUAUUUCUCAGCGACAUACGAUCGGACUGUGAUUCUUCGACAAGAGCAGCUCGGGCAAGAUAAAUCCACUUCGUCACCUAUGCAGGACCAAAACAAACACACAACGUUCCUGCCGGGCACGUCGCUCUGGCGGUGCACGUUCAACGAUACACUUCUAGAGGGCUUCAUCUACACAGAGAAGGAUGCUGGGUCGGUAUCAAGCGGAACAAAUGCGACAGCGCAGCUCCCGUUCAAGCUAAAGCUCAUGGAGCGUAUGAAUGCUACUGGGGGUUCGCCAUACUGCGAGAAGGUGACUGUUGGCCUUGACGGAGAGCUUGAAGACGGCGGUGCGAGCGUGAAUCUGACGUUGGCUGAUGGUCGUUCGGGAUUUGAAUCUGUACAAGGUAACUUGGACAAUUCAUGUCAAUGCCAGUGGAUCGUUGAAUAAAUGAUAUUUGGAAUGCAAAAGGAAGGAC